GGCUGUGCUGAUCUCUCCUCCUCUCUCCCAGCACCUCACCUUCCCCCUGCUGUCAGUCACUCUCCUGGUGUCCUUUGGCUCCUCCAUGCUCUAUGGCUAAAACCCGGCCGUUGUGUCUUUCCCUGCCCUGCAGCACAUAAAGGCUUUCUACAAUGCCACAUGGUCCCAGCGGUAUGGGCAUGGGAUGGACCCUGGUCUGCUGACCAUCCUGUACUCUCUGACUGUCUCCAUCUUUGCUCUGGGUGGCCUGGUGGGUUCCUUGCUGGUGGGAGCGCUGGUGGAGCGGUAUGGCAGGAACGGUGUGCUAAGCCGCAGUGCUCUCCUUGUCCUCCUGGCCAGUGGCUUCAUGGGCUUCAGCCGGGAGCUGGGAUCCCCUGAGAUGGUGAUCAUUGGCCGCUACAUCAUGGGGAUCCACUCAGGUAUCUGUCUCAGUGUGGUGCCCCUCUAUCUGGGAGAAAUCGCCCCCAAGAACCUGCGGGGUUUCCUGGGCCUUGUGCCCAGCAUCUUCAUCUGCCUGGGUGUUUUCUUCGCACAGGUCCUGGGCCUUCCGGAGCUGCUGGGUGAGGACAGGUUCUGGCCCCUUUUCCUGUCAGUGGUGGUCAUCCCUGCCUCCCUCCAGCUCCUGCUGCUGCACUGCUUCCCUGAGAGCCCACGGUACCUGCUGAUAGAGAGGAACAACGUCUGUGGGGCCACCAAAGCUCUGCACCAGUUCCUGGGGACACCUGAGGUGCAGGAUGUGAUUGAGGAGAUGAAGGAGGAGCAGCGGUCACUCUCCUCUGUGGAAAUGGUCUCCAUCUGGCAGCUGCUGCGGGACCGCUCUGUUUGCUGGCAAACCCUCUCGGUGGUGGUGGUGAACGCUGGCAUGCAGCUCUCAGGGAUCGAUGCCAUCUGGUUUUACACCAACACCAUCUUCGAGAACGCCGGGAUCCCUGCGUCCCAGAUCCCCUACACCACCGUGGGUACCGGUGCCAUCGAAGUUGUCGCGGGGCUGAUCGGGUGCUUCACCAUUGAGAAGCUGGGCCGACGGCCCCUCAUCAUCACUGGCUUCUGCACUAUGGGCAUCUGCUUGGCCGGCGUCACCGUCUCCCUGAUGCUACAGACUGCCCUGCCCUGGAUGCGCUACGUCGGCGUCGCCUGUGUGAUCGGCAUCAUCGCUGGCUUCUGCAUGGGACCAGCUGGUGUCCCCUUCCUGAUGACAGCCGAGCUCUUCACCCAGUCACACCGCCCGGCCGCCUACAUCGUGGGGGGGUCCCUCAACUGGCUCUGCAACUUCACUGUCGGCUUCAUCUUCCCCUUCUUGCAGAUGUCAGCCGGUGCCUUUUGCUACCUGGCUUUUUGCGGUGUCUGCCUGCUGGUGGCCCUGUACAUCUACCUCGUUGUCCCUGAGACCAAGAACAAAACCUUCAUGGAGAUCAGCCACAUUUUCGCCACCCGCCGCUCCUUCCUCUCUGGCCCAGCCCACCUCAUCAGGAUGAUUAAAUUCAAUGGCUAUGGGGCCUUGGAGAGCAGCUCCCUGGAGGGCUCCGGCUCCAGCCUGCCUUGA